AACAAUGGCGGCUUCCACUGCCAAUGUGGAAGGCAUAACAAGACUGUUAGAGGACUAUUUAUCAAAACUUGGAUUUGAAGUUUAUCCUCUGAAGGUCGGUUGGUAUAACGCUGUGCUGUCUCCCACCCUGCGCCUGGCUUACCCUGAUGACAGCCUGGCUGUGGUGGUGCUCAGCACUCCUGCGAUGUUUGAACAAGCCUUCCUGCCCUUCAUGGAGGAGAGGGGCUGCCAGGGGCUCUCUGACCCCAUAGACCAGUGUGUCAAACACUGCGUCUCCUCUGCUGUCUCAAAGUGUUUCCCAGGACAGGAGGUGGAUGUGAGGUACGACUACGAGCUGCUGCCCAGCAGGAAGCCGAAGUUCUUGGCUCAGACUGCAGCUCACGUAUCCGGAGCAGCUUUCUACUACCAACAGUCUGAUGUCACAGACCAACCCUGGGCUGAGAAAAAGAUGUUCGGAGUGUGUGUGCAUCCGAGGUUCGGAGGCUGGUUUGCCAUCAGAGCCCUGUUGGUGUUUGGCGAUGUGACAGUGGGCACUGAGACGGUGCAGCCUGCUCCUCCAGACUGUGUGCCGUCCAGAGAGGGCAGGAUACAGCUGCUGGAGGCUUUCAACUUUCACUGGCAGGACUGGAGCUACAGAGACAUCGUCCGUCCGGUUCAGAUCUACUCUCAGAAACAGAAGGACUACUUUUCCACUCCUCCUGCUCAGCGGUUUGCUCUGCUUAAGUCUUGGGGCUUCGUGCCGUGUGACAGCGAUCAACCUGCUGAGACCUCAGACGCACAGAGCCAGGCGACGGGACACGGCUGACAGAGAAGAGCAGCCGCAGCGAGGAAGCACAAACCUUCACUGCUGAGCUUGUGAAAGGUACAAGGGAUACUUUCAGGGACUUGAACAUGUACUGCUAUAUGUCCUCUAUGUGAUCCGUUUCAUCAUGUUUACACCACAUAUUUUCACACUACUGAUUAUAAGCAGCUCUUCACACGGUGUCAUCUCAGAAAUCUGAACAGACUCAAAUGUAUGAAUGCUUUAAUGCUGCUGUUGCAAACCUUGUUGAUGUGUUUAAAUGAAAAAAGAAUGCACCUUGUAUCCUUGUUGGUUGUGUCAUAUUGUAACAUACACACUACAGAUGUUUAAGUGUCAACGGUGACUUUUUACUUUGCACAUUGUUUCAUGUGAAACAGUCUCAACACAGAGGGCUUUAAGGAGCCCCGUAUCAUCAGCCUGCCUUAAAUGUGUCUGCAUAUGCUGGCACUUGAUCACAAAGACAACAAUCACUCUUUUAUUUAAUCUAAUUUCUAGAAAAUUUCUAUUUGAAGCCAUAUAAAUAAACAAUACAAAAUAAUGAAGAAA